UUUUGGUUUUUCAUAUCUAUCAAUCGGGAGAGAAGAAAGGGCCUCUUUGUUGUUUUGGGUUGAUUUUGAGUGCGGGAGCUGUGGGAAGCGCUGUGCAGCGUACUGCUAUUGCUCAACUGGCAUUGUUUUAUAUCUUGUCUAUUUAUUGCUCUGCUCUGAAACCCUCAAACCCUCCCUCAGUCCAAACCCUGAUAAAUGAAAGUUAAAACCCCUUGAAUUCCCCAGAUCGCGAGUUCGAGCCCCGGGGUAACUGGCCUUGGCGAAGGGAUUGUGAAGAGGAAAUAAUUGGCGGGGGAGGGGAAGAGGAGGAGCACGAAGGAGGAGGAAGCGAUUGUCUGCGAGGCUGCCAAUGAGGUACAUUUUUGCUACUGUAAUUUGCAGAUGAUGCGUUUUUCUUGGAUCGAGUUUUCAAGGUUUUUGUAGUAGUAAUAGUAGUAGUGAUAAUAGUAGGGAUUACUGAGAGGGAAUAAUCUUAUUAAUUGGAAUAAGAAGGGGUUGAUAUCCCUGCGCUGCGGAUCAUGGCCAUGGCCAUGGAGUCUGGCGGCUCCUCUGUGCCGGUUGUGGCGACCGUGGAUUACCCUCUCGCUGCCGAAAGCAACAAUCACAGCAAUAUCAAUAUCAAUAUCAGCAGCAGCAGCAGCAGCGGUGGCGGCGGCGGUGGCGGCAAUAAUAAUAACAAUAGCCACAAUAACAAUACUAGUAACAAUAGCAAGGGCGGCAAGAGCUCUGGGAAGGGCUCGAAAGGCGGUAACAAGAGCGCCUGGUCACAGGUUGUCCGUGGUGGGGGUGGGGCUGAUGUUUCCAAACCCCACCCCAGAGCUCACAAUCAUGAGUUGAAUGAGAAGGAGAGAGUUGAGAUCAAACAAGGCGAGGAACUGAGCUCUUCCAGCAAGCCUGAUAAUGAGCAGCAGCAACAGAGUGAUAGUGGUGGACAGGAGGCGAGUGGGAAACCUGCGGCGAAGCCUGCAUGGAAGAAGCCCUCCGAUGGAUCAAGUGCAAUGGCUACCCAGGCUGGAAAUACAGCGACAGUUAUGGGAGCUGAGGCCUGGCCAGCCCUUGCAGAGGCCCGUAAUGGUUCAAAAUCAGUGGAUCCUCCAAAGCAUGUGCAGACUGCUGAGAGCACAACUGUGACACAGGUGUCCACAACACUAAAUAGUGGAGGUGGAAACACCAUUCAAAAUCCAUCAUCAUCUUUAAAUCGACAGAAAUCAGGUGGCAGACGUGCUGCUACAGCUAAUGGCAUGCCUCAAGCAGUUUCUACACCAUCAUUCUAUCCAGUUGCAGGUGUACCUCCUCCUCUACCAGUUCAUGAUUACAUCUUGCCUGGUGGACCAAAUCAUCUAAUUCCAGAAGGUUAUCCUGAUCCUCCUUUCAAGGGUCCUGGUGGCAUGGAAUCUGGAUUUAAAGGGAUAAUGCCGGGUCCUGGAAAUACAGAUCAUGCUAGAAAUUUUCAGCAGCAGAGAGUUGAUGGUUCUUUUCCACGAGGUGAUGUUAAUCCAUUUCCUAACAAUUUUGGUAGUAGACGCAACAAUAUGCGGGAGCCAGGAGGGAGAUUCAAUAACCACUGGCAUUCUCAGCGAGCAUAUAAUGCGAGAGAUAAUAUUAGCAUGCAAUCUAGAGUUGGACCAAGAAAUUUUCCAAGGCCGGCACCACCACCGUCUCCUUUUAUUGGUCCAGCCCCUCCAGGUUACAUAAACACUCCAGGAUUUCAUGGUCCAGCUGCACCGAUGUACUAUGUCCCAGCUGCACCUCCGGAGCCUAUGAGAGCUGCACCUUAUUUUGCACAUCCUCCUCAUCCUCCUCCUAGUGUUAUUAUGCCGGACCCAUUAGCUUUACGUGUGAUCAAACAAAUUGAUUACUACUUCAGUGUUGAGAAUUUAUGUAAAGAUGUUUAUUUGCGCUCACAAAUGGAUGCACAAGGAUGGGUGCCGAUCUCAAUUAUUGCAAACUUCAAUCGGGUUCACAGCAUGACAACUAAUAUCAAUUUUAUUCUUGAUGUACUACGGAGCUCAAAUAUUGUUGAAGUGCAGGGUGAUAAGCUAAGGAAGAGAACGGACUGGUUAAAGUGGCUUCCAUCUCAUCACAAUUCUGUGCCAAAUGCCCAGCCUCAACAAAGCAGUAAUGAUGAUAAAGUUGCAAAUAAUGUAAAAAGUACAGAAUUUGAUCACAGAAACAGAAGUGACGUAUCUAUAGAUUCUUCAAGUAGUAAAAAAUCUAGUAGUGUACUGUCAUUAAAAAAUGAUGAUAUGAAUACCUCAACAAGGAGCUCGUUAGAUGGUUGUAAUGGGCAAUUGUUAACUAGUUGUGGAGGACCACGGAAGGAUAUGAGUGAGGGGGGGAGUAUUGUCCACAGGGAAUCUAGCUUAGAUGCAAGUUCUGAUAGCAGAACUAUAGACAAUGGGAUUGGUGAGAGCAUUUCAUCUGAUAGGGACAUACAUGAUAAUUCUAAUAUAUUUAGGAUAAUUAGUAGCACAACGUCAGAAUCCAACCUUGGAAAUGAAAAAGAAAGUAGUUCACAGACUGGUUUUUUAGAUAGGUGUGAUGCUGAUGGUAGCAACACAUCUUUAUCUUCCAAUGUGAAAUCAGUUCCACGGUUAAGAGGUGGUGGGCUUUCAAAAGCUUUUGCAGCUCAAGCUUCAAUCUCCAGGAAUGAGGAAGAUACAUUUCUUCUGGAUGAAGAGUUAGAAAAUGAUCAGACGACAAAAAAAGAUCAACUACAAUCCUUGAAAAGUCGAACAGAAGACGAAGAAGAUGACCCAGAUGUAAAUGAUCAGGAUGUACAGCGACUGAUUAUUGUGACACAGAAUCGAAAGAUAAACAGGGGUGACAGGAGAGAUGAAAGAGAGCAAGCUGCCAUCUCAAAUGAAGUUGCAACAGCUAUAAAUGAUGGUCUUUAUUUUUAUGAACAGGAACUACACAAAGGGCGGUCAGAGAAUGGUCAGAAGAGUCAGCAAGGCUGGGAAAUUAGGCAUAAUAGAAAUGAUGCUGGGUCGAGUGGAAGUGGUGGUGGUGCAAACUCUAAGUCAAGUGUUAAUGGUGUUGGAAUUAACAGUUCAGAGGGACCUUUGAAUUCCAAUUCUAGGAGGAGAUCAAACAAAAGUAGUGGAGGUCGAAUACAAUCUUCACAGAAACAACGUUUGUUUCCUAGCAACACUCGAAUUCAAAGCAUUGGACCUCGCAAUCGACAUCCUUCUAUAUCAGAAAGUCCACCUAGUAAUUCUGUUGGUUUUUUCUUCAGUUCAACUCCUCCGGACGGAACAAUAACAUCUUCAAAACUUGCGUCUUCUCCUCAUGGAUCAUUUGUUGGAAGUAGCAAUUUUGCUGGUAGUUGUAGUCCACCUGUUGGUUCCAUGCCAAAAUCAUUUCCUGAUUUCCAGCAUCCAAGUCAUGAGCUAUUGGAAGAUAAUGGCUUCAAACAACAGAAAUAUUUGAAAUUUUACAAUCGUUGCUUAGCAGAGCGCAAGAGAGUUGGUGUUGGUUGCAGAGAGGAAAUGAAUACUCUCUAUCGUUUUUGGUCUUAUUUCCUCAGAACAAAUUUCAAUCGUUCUAUGUAUGAUGAGUUCAGAAGAUUAGCACUGGAGGAUGCAGCGGCGAAGUAUAAUUAUGGUGUGGAGUGCCUUUUCAGGUUUUACAGCUAUGGAUUGGAGAACCAUUUUAAGAAAAAUCUGUAUGAAGAUUUUGAGCAGCUUACACUUGAAUUUUACAAAAAGGGCAAUCUUUAUGGCCUUGAGAAAUACUGGGCAUUUCAUCAUUAUGGGAAGUGCUCUAAGUCUCUGAAGAAGCAUCCUGAACUUGAAAGGUUGCUCACAGAGGAGUUUCGAACAUUGGAUGACUUCCGUGCAAAGUUACCAAAAGAAAGUGUCAAAGAGAAAGCAUACAAUGAUUCACUGUCAGGGGAGGAUAUGAAUCUAGGAAUAUCAAUAUCUGCAUCUGCUGAGUGAAGUUGAACCUUCAUGUUUAUCCACACCCAUAUAUCUCUAUGUAAUGGGGUGGUCUGACUGAUUUUCAAUUCACUUCUCAAUUUUAGAGUUGUUACUUGAAGAGCAGACACAGGUUUAUGCAGGCUUCACAUCAUAAUCCUAUAUUUAAUGUUUUUGCAUGGCCCUGAUUUUUUUGGAAGGCUUUCCCAGGGUUAGUACUUUAUCGAGAGAAGUUGCAUUGGGUUCGGUGCUAUUGAAGGAUUCCUAGUACUUACUACCAGAGGUAAUAAUUUGUUACUGGUUAGUCCCUCAACAUUGGCUGUUGUGCCACAGAAUGUUUAUGUGAGUUGGGAUCUACUCCAACUGGUCUCUGAAGCUAUUACAUUCCCUAUUGUCAUGGCAAUUUAUUGGAUUUUCUUUCUGAUGCGAUUAUAGCUUGUUAAGGUUGCUGCAAGAUUUUCAUACAAGUGUUGCAAUUUGUUGCUCGUUGCUGCAGCAAUCACAUAUUUUUGCAGGAAGGAUUUGACAUAUUGUAUUCUGGCAGUUAUUUUUGGCUGCAGUCGGGAGGGAUACAUUUGUUCCAUCUUGUACAUAUGGAAAAUAAUAUGUUUGUUAACUUUCAUUAAUAAUUGCCAUCACCAUAUGUUUAAAUGA